AUGGAAAUUGUCCGAACCGUUGAUCGCGCGGGAACGAACGAGCUCAAGAACCGCGUGGCGGAAUCGCUUAAGAUUAUCACGAAGGCGCUCGCCGCUGAGCGAGAAGUCGCUUUCAGCUUCAAUGGCGGAAAGGAUUCCACGGUAAUCCUGCACCUGCUGCGCGCGGCGCUGGUGGCGGCGCGCGCCAAAGGCGUGGACCUGCGGGACUCGACGUGCGCGGACGAGGCGGGCGAGGGGGACUGUGACGACGGCGCGGACCUUCCGGGUGGCUCGUGGAGGGGUUGGCGGGAAGCAUGGACCACCGCGGAUGCCCCUCCGAAGGGCGAUAAGGCGAGCUCGGACGAGAUGGCGGGGCUGUGCGCGAUUUAUUUCAGGGAUAAGGACGCGUUUCCGUCCAUGGACGCGUUUACCAUUGAGAUGUCGCAACGGUACGGGUUGGACCUGAUAGUGACGGACGAUGACUUCAAGGCGGGCCUCACAGCGCUCAAGAAGCAGCGCCCUGUGCAAGCCAUCUUCCUUGGCAUCCGCUCCAUCGACCCCAAUGGGAAGAACCAAGCAGUCUUCUCUCACAGCUCGCCUGGCUGGCCUGAUUUCGUGCGAGUCAAUGUCAUUCUGCAUUGGUCCUACAGGGAUGUGUGGGAGUUCCUCCUUGUCACCAAGGUGCCGUACUGUCAUCUGUAUGACGAAGGCUCUAGUUGCCGCAUGACUCCCGACCCGCACGCCUCUCUCUGUGUAGCUCAAAUGCUGCUUCCCACUCGCACCGCCCCCUUUGGCCGCGGCCCUCCGCCUUGCCCUGUGCACCCGAUUUGCCAUCUCGCGCGAGUGGCAUCGGAUAAUGGUAUCGAUGUGCAUGCCCUGUUGGAAGGAGGAGCAGAGGAAGGGUCGGUUUUGGAGGAUGCAGGUGCAGGGGUUGCUGCCGCUGCAGCGGCUGCGGCCGUGGCGGCGGGAGGGAGGAGGGAGGGGGUGAAGCCUGCAGGGGACAGGUUCCUGCCGGCUUAUUUUCUUCUGGAUGAGAGGUUGGAACGGGCAGGUAGGAAGAAAAAGAAGAAGGAAGCGCCUGUGGCUGAAGAGGGGAAGGCAGGAGCAGAGGGGGGAGCAGCGAUGGAGGAGGAGGAGCAGGAGGAAGAGGAACCAGCGCAGUAUGAGCCUGUGGAUGGGGAUGUGGUGGAGGAUGGAUUAGGGGUGAUUCAUGAAGACGUGGGGAGAGAGGGGUGGGGCGAUGGGCAGGAUGGGGAGGAUUCGUUAAGACAAGGUGAUGUGAAUGGUGUGGCAGUGAAUGGGAGUGAAGGGGAGGGCAGAGGAGGGCAAAGGCUGGUGCAAGAGGGAGUGUAUCUUUUUCUUCCACGCUACAUGGGGGUCUACACAGCCACCGAGGAAGACGCGUCGUUGCUCGCGAACGCAGCGGCCGGUUAUCCAGCCGCUGUCGCCGCCGCUGCGGGAGUCGCGGGAGGAGCUACUUACGUUCCGCUACCGGACGGAAAGCAGCAGCAGCAGAAGCAGCAGGCAGAAGUAUCUAUCGUGCCAGUAUACCGCGUCUCCGCGGUAACGGCCGCACAGGCGCAGGCGUCCGGGUUACCACCUGCAGGAUUCACGUCGCGCGGGUCGCUGUGCUUCGUGAGCGGCACGCCGUACGAGGACGGCGUUAUUCCCCCUAACGCCAUCUUCUCGCACCCCAACGGCCGGCAGCUUCAAGGGACGUUUUUCGGGGAUACGCCAGCGCCGUUCACGUGCCCGUGCUGCGGGUUCUCGGGGCUCACUGAUGUUCGCUCGUCACUGAGUGCGGCUGCCGUGGUGGCAGCAGCGGUGACGAUUGUUGGAGUGUGUUUCCUGACUCCUGGUAGCUGCAUGUGGCAUAAGAAACACUUCUGCCCUUGCUGCCAGAACAAGGUGGGCGAGCAUCAGAAGGACGACAUCUUUCUUCUCGCUGACCCAGUCAACUGGCACCGCGCAAAGAAAAGUUUUGGGUGGUUUGAGAAAUAUCUGGUCGCAAAGAAGUGUUUCCUUGCACUCGCUCCCCCGCUUGUCGCGAUGGCGCCAACAGCGGGAGCCGGGACUGCUAAGAUGCUAAGCAAGCUAGAGGCGAGUGUGAAGGCAGGCAACUUCUACGAAGCACAGCAGCUCUACAAGAGCGUCAGCGCCAGGUACCUGAGUAAAGGGGGCGCGCGGGCAGAGGAUGCGAUCGAGCUGCUGCAGAGCGGGGCGAGCGUGCAGCUGCAGCAGCGGCAGGUGACGUGUGGCACGGAGCUCGCCCUGCUCCUUGUGGACGCUCUGUCUGCCACGCACGCCCCGCACUCACAAGGCGCUGUGGAGCGUCUACUUGCCAUUAACGACGCUUUUAAGCCGCUGCUCUCACACCAAACCAGCUCGCCCGCUGCUGCUGCUGCUGCUGCUGCUGCUGCUGCUGCUGCUGGUCCUGAGACUGCGAGUGAGAGCAGGGAGCAAUCUGCAGCGCCGGAGGCAUCUGCUUCUGCUUCUGCUGCUGCUGCUGAAUCCGAAUCACUGUCUGCGUUUGAAGGCUGCCUGUCCUUCCUCAAAGCCUCCAUUCGGUGGUCCCUGAAGGCAGAGGGAGCGCCAAGGCACGGAGCACCAGAGCUGCAUGAUGCACUGGCCGUGCUGCUCUGGACGCAUGGUGCCACCCAGGAUCUAGAGGCAGCUAGCCGGCAUUUUGUGCUGGGCCGUGACACGAAGGCGUUUAGCUCCGUUCUCUGCCAAGUCAUGCAGGGGGGCUUUCCAGACGAGGUGGACCUUGUGCUCGCCAGAGCCGUGCUGCAGUACCUGGCAGUGGGCAACAUAAGGGGUGCAAAUGAGUUGCUGGACGACAUAACAGCACGUGGAGCAGCAGGCACUGCACCUGCUCUGCCCGACUCUCCACUCAUCCACUUCACACGUUUCCUGCUGCUCACUGUGGAGAGGGAUGCGCUCCCUCUCUUUCUGCUGCUGCGCAAGGUGUAUGCCCCCAGCAUCCGCCGCGACCCCCAGUUUCAUUCAUACCUGGACGAGAUAGCCCACCGCUACUACAAGGUGGCGCGGCCGUCAGGGGGAGGGGACUUCAUGGGCGGACUGCUGCAGCUGCCCGCGUCCGUGAGUCUCCUGCAGCGGCUGACGCGGCUGGACGUGUCGUGCGGCCGAGACGACAGCGAUUCCAGGCCGCUUCCAGAGCUUUCAGAGCUUCCAGAGCCCAAGGCGGGGUUCCCCGAGAGCAUAGGCUCGCUGUCCGCGUUCCAGUCGCUUCGCAUCCGCGCUGCUUACGCGCGCGCCCUCCCGCACACCCUCUCCCGCCUCCGCUGCCUUACCUCGCUGAAAAUCGACGGCUGCUUCAACCUCCGGGAGCUGCCCGACGGUCUCGGGCAGCUAAAAAAACUGCGGUAUCUGGAGCUGGCGAAGUUAGAUUCUUUGGAAUCCUUACCAGACUCCAUCGGCCUCUUAUCAUCCCUCGAAACCCUCCAUCUGUGCAGACUCAGUGCCGCCACUCUCCCAGACUCCGCCCACCUCUCCUCCCUCAAACGCCUCCUGCUCUCCCACCUCUCACACCUGCAAUCGCUGCCUGACUGCAUCGGAGAGCUGCCCUCGCUGCAAGAACUGACCGUCAAGUUCUGCGCUCGCUUCAAUGCUCUCCCGCCCUCGCUCUCCGCCCUCUCCUCCCUCACGGCUCUCACCGUUCAGCACUGCAAGUCUCUCGCCUCGUUACCGGAGGAUAUCGGCGACGCUCCCCGCCUUGCCUCUCUUGUUCUCGACCAGCUUCCCACCCUCGCAGCUAUUCCAGACUCGCUCGCCCUCCUCUCUUCCCUCACGCACCUGCACGCGGCCAAGUGUGAGCGUCUAGCGUCGCUGCCAGCGUCUUUCGCAGGGCUACACUCCCUCUCUCGCCUGCAGCUUCUCGGGUGUUCCAUGGACUCGCUGCCCGAAGAUUUCGGGCAGGUUUCGGCGCUGACGGAGCUGCAUCUAAGCGAAGUUGGUUGCGAUCUGCCCGAUUCGUUUGGGCAGCAGUUUCUGAAGCUGAAGCGGCUCACUAUUGUUGCUUAUACUGGUGUGAUACCUCUACCAAUCACUCUAUCCCAGCUUGAGAAUCUAACUAUCCACAGCUGCGACUUUUUGGCAGCCCUGCCCGAAACUAUCGGGCAGCUGACAGCGCUUCGCACAGUAGAAAUAGCGGGAUGCGAACCGCUGGAAACCCUUCCCGAGUCCUUCUCGCAGCUUCCCCACCUUGAAAGCCUCACUCUCGGAUGGAAGGGAUUGGUAACUAAAGAGGAUGAUGAGAACCUAGGCCAUCAGACCUGCAUGUUUGACAACAACGGGGAUGAUGAGGAUGAUGAUUAUGAUGGGGCCGAGGAUGCACCCGACUGA